AUGAUAAAGAAAAUUAUCCAAAGGGCAAGCCACUUUCAAAAGGAAUUUGGAUAUGAGAAGAAAGUUUAUGAAGCAAAGCAAAUGUAUAUCAAGGCUACAAAAAGAGACUACAUUCGCGGAGUAAGCGGUGCAGGGAUGUUUGGCUCUAUGUGUAAUUUUAACAUAGUGUUUGUUAUUGGGCUAGAAAUCAUAAACAUUGACACUUCUUCAUGGUUAAUGAAGUUUUUUUACCUUUAUAAGUGCAAUAUAUCAAUGCUUUUCUCCAAAAGAAAAGACAUUCCAAUAUCCUCAUUUUUAGACAAGGAAAAAGAAUACAAUAUCAUAAAUUGGUAUUUUCAUAUCAUAAUUUUACAGAGGCUAAAAGAACAAUUUAGAAGCGAACUCAACAAAUCUAAAAUAGAAAAAGGCUUAACCAGUGGCACUAUUAAUUCAAUACGAAAAAUUAUUGAUUUUUAUGAGCUAGAUAAAGAGCAAGCAGAAUCAGAUGAGCUGAUGAGUGAAUUAUCUGAAUUACUUUUUCUUGUUUCUAAAUCAAUAAUAAAAACAAAAGAAGAAGUAUCGUUUGAAAAUUUAGCUGAAAUAUUUAAUUUUGCUAUUGAAAAUUAUCAAGCUGAAAUAUUGAUGAAAUGUCUUAUUGCUUUGCAGAUAAUAUUGCAAGAGCAUUGUGAAAAAUUUUUCCCUUAUCUUUCAAACAAAGCAAUGGAAAAUAUAAUAAAUAGCGUUAAUAACGACAAUCAAGAUCUUUCACAAGGCUGCAAAGACGUAAUCACAUAUAUUUUGCUUAACAAAAUAACAAAACAGCAAUUAUCUGCUUCGUUUAAACAAGAAAUUUUAAAGAAAAUAACAACAGAAACAUCCCAAGACAAAGUUAUUAGAAGAUUUCUAAAAUAA